UGGGUCAUUCUCCCUGAGCAUGCGCAGGACCCGCUGCGUAGACACAGGAUAUGACUCUCUAGACUAACAGCCUAUCAUUCACAACAUUCACUCCCUGAGAAUCGUGCUUGGCAUGACAGGUCUCAUUCGCAACAACCUCUUGGAAGCUGGCUGCCAUGAGCCUAGUCUCUAUUCUAUAUUCUUCUUUGUUCUCGGGCUCGCGAUUUCCCUCCUUGGGAUCAUUUCCCGCGCGAUACGAGCGAUACACGUUUUGGAUGUUACGGUGUUGUUUCCAUCUAAGCUUCUGAAGCAGCCUUUCUCAUCGCCUUUCGCCCUUGGUUCGUUCCAGUCCACAUCCUCAAGUCUCAUCGGUCUCCAACUUCAGCUGCAUUCUUUGACCGGGUCACCCGAGCCGCCUUCCUAGAGGCGGAUGGCGAUGUUUCAAAUAUGGCAUUUACCCCGCGAACCUGCUAAUAUGGAUGUCGGGUCUUGCUCCCCAUGUACGGUGAGCUAAUUGAGUUUACCGGGAUACGAGUUUGAUGUCGACAUUAUAUCAUCUCUCAUCUCCGCUAAGAUGCGCAAACACAAAACUCCCU